CAAAGUGAGAAACCAAGAGAGCUAAGACUGCAAGUCUGGCUUCCCUUUUCUCUUUGAGUAUCUGCGUUUUCUCUUUGAGUAUCUGCAUGCCAUAUUCUCUCAGAGCUUUUGUGCUAGCUUUGCUCCAAAUUCAGCUCCUUGUUGACAAGAGCACAAGCAGUUCUUAGAAAGCCACCUUGUUAGGUCUGUAGAAGUCAGUGUCAUAUGGUGGCCUUUCAUUAAGUGGAAGAAAGUCCAGCAAUCAGUAGAAAGAAAAAUCUUUGGCAACUGCCUACCGAGUGAAGUUUAACCAUAUUAGAGUUUGUAGCUGGUAACUUCUUGUAAGUUGUAACUAGAAGGAGGUGAGCACUGAGCACCACCUGAGACACACAGCGUCCAGCCAGUGGUUUGUUUUACUGUGGUAAACAUAUGGAUGAGAUCAGAAGUGAUGACAUGGAGAAGCAAGACGAAGUUAUGUUACCUGGCUUCAGGUUUCAUCCAACAGAUGAAGAGCUCGUCAGGUUCUACCUUAAAAGAAAAAUCCAGCAGAAGUCUCUCCCAAUUGAGCUCAUCAGGCAGUUGGAUAUCUACAAGUAUGAUCCAUGGGAUCUCCCAAAACUAGCGAGUACUGGAGAGAAGGAAUGGUAUUUCUACUGUCCAAGGGAUAGGAAGUACCGGAACAGCACAAGGCCGAACAGGGUAACUGGAGCAGGUUUCUGGAAGGCCACUGGAACUGAUAGGCCAAUCUACUCUUCCGAUGGAAGCAAGUGCAUAGGCUUGAAGAAAUCUCUUGUCUUCUACAAAGGUAGAGCAGCCAAAGGGGUCAAAACUGACUGGAUGAUGCAUGAAUUUCGGCUGCCUUCACUCACUGAACCGUCACUGCCACCGAAGAAGCCACUUGAGAAGACCAUUCCACCAAAUGAUUCCUGGGCGAUCUGCAGGAUUUUCAAAAAGACCAAUUUAACAGCACAGAGAGCCCUCUCACACUCAUGGGUAUCUCCUCCAUUAUCCAGCACAAAUGAAAACUACAUUCGUCCUUCCUCGCAGGCUACACAUAGAAGUCAGCACAGCUCAGAGAACACAUCAUCUACAAUGACCAACAUCGUCUCCUCCACCAUCAAGUUCAAUGGCAGCAGUUACAUGCCUUCAAUAGUUUCCUCUAGCCGCAACCCUUUGAGCAUCAUUGAUAGCAGCAGCAGCAGGCCAGCUGCAUCCCUUGUGCUUCCCCCAUCAGGUGCAGAGCAUCAGACCAUGAGUGUCCUUUCAGCAAUUCCGCUUGAUCUUCCAGCAGGGAUGGACAACACAUCAAUGGUCCUCAAUGCAUCGCACAAUACACUCCAGAACCUAGACAGGAUCCCCACAAACAUCGAGUUUGGCCAACCACACCAUCCCAACAACAGCAUUAUCAUGGCCAACAGAUGCACGCUUGAUUUGCCUGACAUUGGCAACAGUGCCAACAGCGCUCCACGGUCGAUCAACUUCCCAUUCAACCUGCAAGGAGCACUGCCUGAUGACUGGAGGAUGACACUGCCCUGGGAUUCUCUCCCUUGCACAACUGAGGUCUCAAUAAACUACCAAUCGACCAAAUGCUAUACUUAGUUUGUACUCUGUCUGUACUAAUGUGGGCUUGGUUUUACAGUGCAGCAGUGUAGUGCCUAAUUCACCCUUUGGAGCUUCUACCUCCAUCUGCUAGUCUUGCUGUUAGUGUUAGCAUGGAGAAGUAUUAGAAUUUCGUUCUGCUAACAGUGAAGCUAGCAGAGUCAUUAGGAUGUUUUAUUCAUGACUUAGUACCUUUUGUGCAAUGUAGG